UGUUAAGUGAAUAAAGUGCAAAAACAUGUUGUUGAUAGCGUUGCGAAGUUUCUUUUUCGUGGGCAUUGUGAUCGGGUACAGUGCCGGCGUGUGGCGACUCAUAAACGAUUACUUUCGACACGAAGUGAAGACAUUUAUCGAGGAGGAAGCCAAAAAGAACAAGUACUUGUUGGAGGAUCCCGUCAGGGGGGAUGUUCCGCCGGAGGUGGUUGGCGAACACAAUCCGGACCAACCGCCCAAGCCAGUGACUUCGAAUCAAAUGCUGGACGAACUAAUCCUCAGCUUUGGACGACUGUUCACCACCAGAAACGAGCAAGAACUUUCCUCCAAGAAAGCGGAAACUCAUCAAACUUUACCACCGACGAUUCCGGGCCAAUUUCCUCACAAAGUUGGACUUUCCAGCGACCCCCGGGGGGAAUCGAUGCCACAAGGUCAACAAAUCGAAUUCACACCCCCUCCGGAACCACCGCCACCACCAACCAAGAGGGAUGCUAAAACAAUAAUCGAAAGUGAUGAGUUUCCGAGAAGUUCGUCGACGAUGAUUACCACCGAGGAGGAGGAGGAGCAAGAGUGGGUUCGGUACUGGCAAAAUCGGCACCAAGGAGGAGGAGAGGAGCAAGAGCAGUGUCGUCAGGGGUCAGUGAUUGACAGUUGUGAACUUAAUCGAGAGCCGGGCAGCUGAGCUGGGAACAGUAGGAGGGAGUAUUCCGUAUGCAAAAAAGGGGGGGGGGGUGCGUUGUUUGUGUUUGAGCAAAGUUAGAAGGACUUUUAUGGGGAAAGUGUGGCGCAGAAGAGGGGAAGAACUGGUUGCAAAUAUGAUAAAUGGCUUGCUUUUUAGACGAUGAAGAGAGCGUUAUUUUCUGCGUUGAACAGAAGGCAAAGUUUGUGGCGAGUUGCUUCAAAGUUUGAUGGAUUAUCCGGUCAUUGUGUUACUUAGUUAAGCAUUUAUAUAAAUUGUUUGUAAAAGAUGGUUAAAAGUGCAAAUAAAUAGUUUUUAAACAAUAUCUACACA